UGCUUAGGUCUCCUGAUGACGAGCUCAGUGGAGCCCACAGCUAGAGCCAGUGAACAGAGCUGCAGUGUCUGCAGGCUGCUGCUUCCCUCCCACUCCAUUUACAGCGCUGCUAAACAAAAAAGGGAUUGGGCUUGGGACCACAAGCUGGGAGCCAGUGGAGCUCAGUCUGCCAGCGGCACUGCUGGUCCCACUUUUCUAUGUGCCUUUCUGAAUCUGUCUGCCCUCAAGAUGUCUCACCACAUGAACGGCUCCAUGCUGCCAACCUCACAUCCCCCUGAGCAUCACCACUCCUCCACCACAGCCUCGGGACAUGGCCAUGGGCCUGACAUGAUGAUGAUGGCCAUGACUUUCCACUUCAGCUGUGAGAAUGUGCCAUUGCUGUUCUCUGGACUUACUAUCAAUUCUCCUGGAGAAAUGGCUGGUGCUUUUGUGGCCGUCUUCUUCCUGGCCAUGUUUUAUGAAGGCCUUAAGAUUGCCCGGGAGUGUCUGCUCCGUAAAUCCCAAGUCAGCAUCCGCUAUAACUCCAUGCCAGUGCCAGGCCCCAAUGGCACCAUCCUGAUGGAGACACACAAAACCGUGGGACAGCAGAUGCUGAGCUUGCCCCACCUGCUGCAGACCGUGCUGCACAUCAUCCAAGUGGUGGUCAGCUACUUCCUCAUGCUGAUCUUCAUGACCUACAACGGGUACCUCUGCAUAGCCGUGGCAGCGGGAGCGGGCACCGGAUACUUCUUCUUCAGCUGGAAAAAGGCRGUGGUGGUGGAUAUCACAGAGCACUGCCAUUAACACUGGAUGUGCCCACAGGCCUCUCCACCCCACUGCUCCCUGCAAGUGCAGCCACCCCGAGGACUGGAGCAUUCCUAAGCUGCAAAASAAUCAUGACAAAGAAAAUCAACUGGAGUUCACCACAGGUUCCCAGAGGGAUGCAGGGAUGUGAGGAGCUGGGACACGCUGCUCCCUUGACUCUUGAGAGUCCGUGGCAGCCAUUCUUGGCCAGGAUUUGCUUUAUUCUUAGAUUAUGCUGUGAUUGAAAUUAGUUGGCUGACAGAACCGUAGAAAUUAUUAUUUUAAAAAGAAAACAAAAGCAUUUUAUUUUUAAAUUGUAAMUGCUCGUCAGUGAGGGUUUAAUGAACAGUAGGAAAACAUCAAAGUUGCCAAUAGUGUGCAAAUGGCUGUUUUAAUUUUGAUGUUUUUCAAUGUGUACAUAAUGCCAGGGGAGGAGAUUGCCCUGGCAUUGUGGCUUUUGGGGCCAAUGACACCUUUUGCUGUAGGAUUCAGCCUCUGGGGAAGAUUUGGUGCUGCACAUCAGACAYGCUCAGGUGUGUCCUGGCAAGGGAGGACUUGGACCCAAGGAUGUGACCUGUGUGCUUCAGGAGCUGGAUGAACCUGCCCUCCAAGCCCACCAGAGGAUGAUGAGUAUUUGUGAAUCUGAUGUAUCCAGCAGCUUUACUCAGUCUCCAGGGAGAACACUUGAGUUUGGCUGCUUUCCUUUCCCAAUUAUGGAGCAGAUGCAGAAUAAUAGUUCUGUAUUUWCAGGGCAGAAGGAUUCUAAAUAAACCAUUGAACCCGCAGGUA